AUGAAGGACACUGUCUCGCACCAAGCACCAAAAGUCAUCAAGAAGUUACGGUUUACCUUACUCAAUGCCCAGGAUACUGUCAAGCUUUCGGAGUUUGAGGUCACCCACCGAGAUCUAUAUACCGCACUGGAUCGCACACCGGUGAAGAACGGAGUGCUCGAUAGACGACUCGGAACAUCAGAGAAGAACGCGUUCUGCGAAACCUGCGGCUUGUCCUACGUUGAUUGCGUCGGUCACUAUGCCUACAUCAAGCUAGUUGUCCCUGUUUUCCAUAUCGGCUACUUCAAGCACACCAUCGCUGCGCUGCAAUGCAUAUGCAAGACAUGUGCGCGCGUCUUGCUGGAAGAGCCUGAUCGCCGAACAUACCUGAAGCGGUUCAGACGCCCCAACCUAGAAAACCUACAACGUCAGGCACUAUGUAAGGCAGUCAACUCCGCCGCCAGGAAGGUUGUCUAUUGUCCGUACUGUGCGGCGACGAAUGGUACGGUCAAAAAGGCGGGCGCGCUCAAGAUCAUCCACGACAAAUUCAGGGCCAAGAAGACGGCGGAGGAGAUGGAGCGGUGGAAGAAGACGUUCUCGAACGCGGUCGAUGCGCAGAAGGAGUUAGCGACGUAUAUCGGAAGGGCGGUGCACGAAGACUUGAACCCCUUGAAGGUGCUCGAUCUGUUCAGGCGAAUAUCAGACGAGGACUGUGAACUCUUGGGCAUGAAACCGGAGCAGGGCCGACCGGAAGAAUUCAUCUGGCAAUACAUUUCCGUCCCACCGGUUGCUAUUCGACCUUCAGUCGCCCAAGACGGCGCUUCUAACGAAGACGAUCUUACCGUCAAGUUGACUGAGAUUGUUUUCACGAAUGCUCUGAUCAAGCAAGGUCUCGCCAAAGGGGCACCCACGCCGCAGUUCAUGGAACAAUGGGAAUUCCUCCAACUCUCCGUCGCCAUGUACAUCAACUCGGAGCUGCCGGGCGUGCCAUCUCAAAUGGGCCAGAAGCCCAUCCGUGGCUUCUGCCAGCGGCUGAAGGGUAAACAAGGCCGUUUCCGUGGUAACCUGUCCGGAAAACGUGUAGACUUCUCCGGGCGUACGGUUAUCUCACCAGAUCCCAACUUACGCAUCGAUGAGGUCGCCGUGCCGGAGCGCGUCGCGAAGAUCCUCACGUACCCGGAGAGAGUGACCGCGCACAACAUCGAGAAACUCCGGCAAGCGGUACGGAAUGGAUGCGAUAUCCAUCCAGGGGCAAACUACGUGACGGCGGGAAGCAGUGGUUUCAAGAAAUUCCUCAAGUUUGGCAAGAGGGAUGCGAUCGCAGAUGGUCUCAGGAUAGGGGAUAUUGUCGAGAGGCAUAUCAUUGAUGGCGACAUCGUACUCUUCAACCGACAACCCAGUUUACACAAGCUCUCCAUCAUGUGUCACAGGGUCAAAGUACGGCCCUGGCGAACUUUCCGUCUGAACGAAUGUGUUUGUGGUCCCUAUAACGCCGACUUUGAUGGUGAUGAGAUGAAUCUUCACGUUCCACAAACGGAAGAAGCCCGCACAGAAGCUUUGGAGCUGAUGAACAUCAAGCAUAAUCUGGUGUCGCCGCGUAAUGGAGAACCCGUUAUCGCCGCCAUUCAGGACUUUAUCACCGCUUCCUUCCUCCUUUCUCAGAGGGACCGGUUCUUCGACAGGAGCCAGUUCACCCAAGUAUGCUCCUACUUUGCGGAUGCUAACCUCCAUAUCGACAUCCCACCACCGACAAUAUGGAAGCCCCAAAGGUUGUGGACGGGCAAGCAAGUGUUCAACGUACUUAUGCGGCCGAACAAGAAGUCGAAUAUUCUCGUCAACGUCGAGAGUAAAUGCAACAAGGUGGAGGCCCCGAAAGCGGAGAACUACCCGAAGCGUAUGAAGCCCAUCAAUGACCUCGCACCGAAUGAUGGAUGGCUCGUCGUCGUCAACAGCGAGAUCAUGUGCGGGGUCAUGGACAAGGCUACGCUGGGAAGCGGGAAGAAGAAAUCCAUCUUCGGUGUAAUCCUUCGAGAUUAUGGGCCUCAUGAGGCGGCAGCUGCAAUGAACCGGGUUGCGAAACUUUCGGCUCGUUGGCUAGCAAACUACGGGUUCUCGCUCGGCAUCAACGACGUCAUUCCUGGACCUGUGCUCUUCUCCAAGAAGGAUCAACUGGUGGAGAAGGCAUAUGCCGCUUGUCUUGAUCUCAUCGCUCGGGCGAAGAAAGGCUUGCUUGAGAACAAGGCGGGAUGCAAUCAGGAACAGACGUUGGAGGCCAUGAUAUCUUCCGUCCUGUCGAAAGUUCGAGACGAAGUUGGUGAAAUUUGCUUGAAGGAGCUGAGCCGGUAUAAUGCGCCUUUGAUCAUGGCCACCUGUGGUUCCAAGGGUUCCGUGAUUAACGUUGCACAGAUGGUGGCUUGUGUGGGUCAGCAGAUCAUUGCUGGUCACCGUGUUCCCGACGGCUUCCAAGAUCGUUCACUGCCGCACUUUCCGAAGAAGUCUCGCGAACCACCCUCGAAGGGAUUUGUCAGGAACAGCUUCUACAGCGGCCUACUGCCAACCGAGUUCUUGUUCCACGCCAUAUCGGGUCGAGAAGGUCUCGUCGAUACCGCUGUGAAAACAGCAGAAACUGGUUACAUGCAGCGUCGUCUGAUGAAAGCCCUUGAGGAUUUGACAACUCACUACGACCUGACGGUACGCAACGCCAUUGGUGGCAUCGUGCAGUUCCGAUAUGGUGACGACGGUCUGGACCCGGCGUGUCUUGAAGGCGACGCGCAGCCAUUGGACAUGGAACGAGCCUGGACGCACGCUAGGUCUAUAUCAUCUAGGGCCGGGCGGAGCUUACUCCCCUACGAAGUACUCGAGAUCACGGACGCUGAACUGUCGCAAUCGAAGUUCGUCUCGGAGUGCACAGCAGCGUAUCGGGCGACGGUUCGAGGCUUCGUGACAGAGCAUAUCGCUCAUCGGCUCGCGGAGGUUCGAAGGAGCCGCGGCAUGUUCGACGCUUUGGAGCGCGAAGACGAGUGGGAUUCCGAUACCGACUUGUCCAUGGGCGCUGAUGUCACGGAGAAAGCAUACGUCGAGAAUAAAUCCAAGGUUACCGAAGACCAGCUGCGUAUGUUCUUGCAGCUCUGCUGGGUUAAAUACGUCAAGGCGAAGAUCGAACCCGGCUCGACGGUCGGCGCCGUGGGAGCCCAGUCGAUUGGUGAACCGGGUACGCAGAUGACCCUGAAGACAUUCCAUUUUGCUGGUGUUGCGUCUAUGAACGUCACGCUGGGAGUCCCUCGUAUCAAGGAGAUUAUCAAUGCUGCGAAAGUCAUCAGCACCCCUAUCAUCAGCUGCAAACUCGUUACUCCGAACAGCGAACCAUCGGCUCGUAUAGUCAAGGGUCGUCUAGAGAAGACGCAUCUCGGUGAUGUAGUGGCGGCUGUCCUUGAAGAAGCUUGGGCUCCAGAGUACACCUACAUUGGGGUUAUCGUCGAUACGGAUGCGAUCCAGAAACUCCAGCUCGAGCUCACCCUCGAUGACAUAAAGUGGGCUAUAGUCAACGCGAAGAAGCUUAAGAUAAAACAGGAGUCAAUCACUGUCAUUCCAAGGCGUAACCGACUACGCAUAUAUAUUGACGGCAUCGAUAAAUACUAUCGAUUACGGGAGCUGAAAAGGCAAUUGCCAGACGUAGUCGUGAAGGGAGUACCCAGUAUUAGACGAGCCGUCAUCAACAUAAAAGAGAAGGACGACCCGAAGGGUAAAAAGGGCGACAACGAGUUGCUCGUCGAGGGCUAUGGCUUGCAGAAAGUCAUGACCACCGAGGGAAUUGUUGGCGAACAUACGUCGUCGAAUCAUAUCAUUGAGGUCGCUCAAGUCCUGGGUAUCGAAGCAUCGAGGCGUACGAUCAUCAACGAGAUCCAAUACACCAUGGUCUCUCAUGGCAUGAGUAUUGACCCUCGUCAUAUCACACUGCUAGGAGAUGUCAUGACAUAUAAGGGCGAAGUGCUCGGUAUUACGCGGUUCGGGGUUGCAAAGAUGAAGGAUAGCGUCUUGAUGUUGGCUUCUUUCGAGAAAACAACGGAUCACCUAUUCGACGCCUCUGCGUACGGCAAAAAUGACAGCAUCGCCGGCGUAUCAGAGAGCAUCAUCAUGGGCAACCCUGCAGCGAACUGCGGAACCUCAUUACCUGCUCUGGUGACACCAGCGCCCAACAUCAGCAAACCCCGAAAGCUACUGUUUGAAGGUGCCCUCUGA